GCAACCCCCAUGCACUACUUAAAGCUCCAGCGGGCCAGCCCGAAGUUAGUUCCGAGUCGUACACCGGUGGACACUAGCUAAGCUGCAUUCCUCUUAAAAACCUGAACGAUAUCAAAACUUCUAAAAUGGUUAACUUCACGGUCCAGGAGAUCCAGCAACUGAUGGAAAAGAAGAGGAACAUCCGCAAUAUCUCUGUGAUAGCCCAUGUUGACCACGGAAAGUCCUCCUUGACGGACACCCUCAUCACGAAGGCUGGCAUCAUCGCAGAAUCCCGAUCUGGGGAGAGGUACAUGGACAACCGGAAAGACGAAAGUGACAGAUGCAUCACAAUCAAGUCAACAGCUAUCUCACUGUACUUCAAACACAGUGACGAAGAUGCUGCUCUCAUAACUAACGAGGACCAGAGAGAAGAAGGUGAGAAUGGAUUCUUGAUCAACCUCAUUGAUUCUCCGGGACAUGUGGACUUCUCGUCGGAGGUCACAGCUGCGCUUCGAGUGACGGACGGGGCACUUGUUGUUGUCGACUGUGUUUCAGGGGUGUGUGUUCAGACGGAGACUGUUUUAAGACAAGCCUUGAGGGAAAGAGUUAAGCCAAUUCUCUUUAUGAACAAAAUGGACAGAGCUCUGAUGGAACUACAGCUGGAACCAGAGGAAUUGUACCAAGCAUUUCAGAGAACAAUCGAGAGCGUCAAUUCGAUCAUAGCGACCUAUGCCGAGGAGGAAGUGAUGGGAGACAUCUUCGUUGACCCAAGCACUGGUUCGGUGGGGUUUGGCUCAGGGCUCCACGGAUGGGCUUUCUCAAUCAAGGAAUUCGCCGACAUAUACUCUUCCCGCUUCAGUGUUCCCAAAGAAAAACUCAUGAAAAAGUUAUGGGGAGAGAAUUACUUCAACAAAAAGACUAAGAAAUGGUCAAGAGUCAAAUCAAGUGACAACGAACGAGCCUUCACGUUGUAUGUGCUGGAACCAAUUUACAAGAUUUUCAAUGCCAUCAUGAACUUUCAGGUAGAAGAAACCCAAAAGCUUUUGGACACUUUGGAAAUCAAGAUGUCACUGAAGGACAAGGAAGUGACAGGGAAAGAUUUGCUGAAGCUAGUCAUGAGAACCUGGCUAGCUGCCGGCGACACAUUAUUCCACAUGAUAACGGUUCAUUUGCCAUCCCCAGUUACAGCUCAGAGGUAUCGCGCCGACAUACUAUACGAAGGGCCAGCCGACGACACCUGCUGCACAGCCAUCAGAAGCUGUGAUUCAGGGGGCCCUUUGAUGAUGUACGUAUCAAAGAUGGUUCCAACCAACGACAAAGGAAGAUUCUAUGCAUUUGGCCGGAUUUUCUCAGGUAGGGUCCAGUCGACCCAGAGGGUCAGAAUACUCGGACCUAAUUACGUCCCUGGAACCAAAGAAGAUCUCUAUGAAAAAUCUAUCCAGAGAACAGUGUUGAUGAUGGGGCGGUGUGUAGAAUCUGUGGAUUCUGUCCCUGCCGGAAAUAUAUGUGGCUUGGUGGGAAUUGAUCAAUAUUUAGUGAAGACUGGCACCAUCACCACGAGCAAGGAUGCUCAUAACAUGAAAGUCAUGAAGUUUAGUGUAUCACCCAUAGUGCGGGUGGCAGUGGAACCGUGCAACCCGUCUGACCUGCCAAAAUUGGUUGAAGGACUUAAAAGGUUGUCAAAGUCUGACCCAAUGGUGCAGUGUUAUACGGAGGAGUCUGGUGAACAUAUCAUUGCAGGAGCUGGUGAACUACAUCUUGAUAUUUGUUUAAAGGACCUUGAGGAGGAUCAUGCCUGCAUCCCCUUGAAGAAGUCAAAACCACUGGUGUCUUACAGAGAAACCGUGGUUCAGGAGUCCUCCAUGAUCUGUCUGUCGAAGUCGGCAAAUAGGCUUAACAAACUCUACAUGACAGCAUGUCCUCUACCUAAAGGUUUACCAGAAGACAUUGAGAAUGGAAUUGUGAGUCCCCUAAAUGACCUUAAGACCAGAACAUCCUAUUUGAAAGAAAUCUAUGAUUUUGAGGCUUCAGAGGCCAAAAAAAUAUGGACAUUUGGACCAAACUCAGAUGAGGCAAACCUUCUGAUUGAUGUUACAAAGGGAGUGCAGGGUUUGCACUUGGUCAAAGACCACUGUAUAGCUGGUUUCCAGUGGGCUACCAAAGAAGGCGUUCUCUGUGGUGAAAGGAUGCGUGGUGUGAGAUUUAACCUUCAGGAUGCUGUUCUGCACUCUGACCCAUCACACAGGGGAAGUGGCCAGUUGAUUUUAGCUACUAGACGUGCCAUGUUUGCCAGUGUUUUGACAGGUGAGCCUCGCUUACAGGAGCCUGUAUUUCUGUGUGAGGUCCAGUGUCCAGAAGAAGUCAUCGGUAGUGUUUACAGUGUGCUUGGAAGGCGAAGAAGUGUGAUAGCUGAAGAAUGCACAGUUGCUGGCACUGUCAUGCAUAACAUCAAAGCCUAUUUGCCUGUUAAUGAAUCGUUUGGAGUGAAUCGUGAUCUACGAGGAGCCACUAGUGGCAAAGCCUUUCCCCAGUGCACUUUUGAUCAUUGGCAGGAACUACCAGGUAAUCCUAUGGAACCAGGAGCUUGUAAUAUUAACCAUCCUUUCAAUAUUGUUAUGGAAACAAGAAAAAGAAAAGGAAUGAAGCUGGAACUACCCAAUCUAAAUAAUUACUUAGAUAGAGGUUAGGGACAAGACAAUAAAUGGUACUUUUA